GCUUAAGCUCAGCUCAACUUGCUUUAUUUCUCUUUUUCUCUCUCUACCUCCAAAUUCUAGGGUUUCUCCUUCUCUCUUCCCUAUCUUGUUCGCUUGGCUACUACUGAGCUAGACCGUACUACGACAACCAGAUGGGGUCGAUCCCCGAUCCCGGCGAGUUGACAGAGUUGACUCCGCCGAGCUUCGACGAGUUCCAGAGGCAGACCUCUCUCAUGACCAGCUGUACUCUACUGUGGAAGGAGCUCUCGGACCACUUCACGUCCUUGGAGCAGAAUUUACUGAAGAAAUCUGAGGCCAUCAAGCGCAAAAUUCAAAACCUAGAGCAGGAGACCAAGGAGUCACUCGACGAGCUCGAGCAGCGGGAGGUCACAAUCAUGGAGAGCGUAGAGAUCGCGGUCGGAAAGGUCGAGAAGAGCAAGGAGGCCGCGCUCAAGGUCUUGAAGAGAGGUCGCUCCGACGAUGACGACGGAGAGGUGGACGACAACGAGGGAUUGCUGAUGAAUCUCAAGUCCUUGUGCUUGAAGAUGGAUUCUGGACGGUUCUGGAGGUUCGUGACGGCGAGGAAGAAGGAAUUGGAGGCUCUGAGGUCACAAAUGCCUCUGGCUUUGGCUGAUUGUGUUGAUCCGGCGAAGUUCGUGCUCGAGGCGAUAUCGGAGGUGUUUCCGGUGGACAAGAGAGUUGACAAGAGCGAGAGGGGUAACGAUUUGGGCUGGGCUUGCGUUCUUGUUCUGGAGUCUCUGAUUCCGGUGGUGGUCGACCCGAAGAUCGGGAAAUCAAGGCUUCUGGUGACGCCGAGCGUGAAGGAACGUGCCAAGGAGAUCGCCGAGACUUGGAAGGCCAGUUUGGAAGAGCGAGGUGGCAUUGAGAACGUGAAGACUCCUGAUGUUCACACGUUCCUGCAGCAUUUGGUGACUUUUGGGAUUGUGAAGGAGGAGGAUGUUGAUUUGUACAGAAAACUUGUGGUUGGGUCGGCCUGGCGCAAGCAGAUGCCUAAGCUGGCCGUUUCGCUUGGCCUCGCCAAGAAAAUGCCGGAUAUGAUUGAAGAAUUAAUCAGCAGGGGACAACAGCUUGAUGCGGUACAUUUCACUUAUGAAGUUGGACUUGUGCACAAGUUUCCUCCUGUUCCUCUGCUGAGAGCUUUUCUGAAAGAUGCUAAGAAAGCUGCAGCUUCUAUUAUGGAAGAUCCCAAUAAUGCUGGUCGAGCUGCGAACCUAGCUGGACGCAAAGAGCAGUCAGCACUCCGAGCUGUCAUCAAGUGUAUUGAAGAUUACAAACUUGAGGCAGAAUUUCCUCCAGAAAACCUCAAGAAGCGCCUUGAGCAGCUAGAGAAGGUGAAACCAGAGAAGAAAAGGCCAGCUGCAGUCCCUGCCAACAAACGAACACGAGCCAACAAUGGAGGUCCCAUGCCUCCAGCCAAGGCUGGACGCUUGACGAAUGCAUAUGUGUCUUCUUUCCCUACACCUCCUCCGACGUUUGUCAGGUCUCCUUCCCAUGCUCAGUAUCCUGCUGGGUACUCACCAUACCAUUCCCCACCCACCAUGUAUGGCAGCAGAAGCCCACCAACCAAUCCCUAUGCGUACUCACCUGAAGCCGCCCCUCCACUUGCCGGAUCAUAUCCUGGAGCUCCCAUGAACUAUCCUGCAUACGGGGGUUAUGGCAAUGGUAUGGUACCAGCUUAUCAGCAGGCUUACUACCGAUAGAUAAUGACACUCUUGUGAAGAUGGUAACCACUGAUAUGAUGACUCAUCCCCAAAUCUCAUCCUCUUUUUAUAAUGGCUUGUUUGUAAUCACUAACCGUUUAAUGGUAGCGAUGUCUGUGUGUUAAUCAUGAUAUUUUUCUCGUGCUUCUUGCCUUCUCAUGGCGGGAAGCUGUAUUUCUAAUGUUGAUCAAACUCUAGUAGUACUAGGUGAUUGUGAAAAGUUGUUAGGAUGACUGAAAAACAUCAACGCAAGGUACCACCCUACUGUUAUUCAGUUUAGUUGUAGGACUGUUACUCUUCUCUAUGCUUCUCUUUACCCCACGUUUAUUCUUGAUUGUGUUCAAAUUGAA